AUGCAAGUUCCGCAACAUUCCGAGCAAGUUGAGCGGCUGGAAUGUAGGGAAGUGGUUGAGUUCACUUACAAAGCGAUAACUAUCAAGAAAAUGCUUCCAUCGCUGAACAUCUGCGAUAAACUCUCUGUUCGAAUGGAUGAACGCGGCAUCUUAUCCAUACAGUUUAUGAUUGAACAAACUGAAAAUGCUCAUACCUUCCUCGAAUUUUACGUGAGUUCUAUUAAUUUUUAUGCAUUUUUGCUGCUACUGUGA